UGGCGUACCGACGUUUGAAUUUGAUCGUUACGUGACGGCACACUGGAAAGUUUGUGAAACACAUGUGACAUUUUACCAUUUACGGGGAAUAUUUGAGCGUUCCAAACUAAAACAGAGUAUCGGCCAGGCUUGGAUUUCGCGAGCAAACCAUUCGAUAUGGAGAACUUCGUGAAGAUCGAGAAAAUCGGUGAAGGAACGUAUGGAGUUGUGUAUAAGGGAAAGCACAAGAAAACGGGAGAAAUUGUGGCUAUGAAGAAGAUUCGCCUGGAAAGUGAUGAUGAGGGAAUGCCAUCAACAGCAAUUCGUGAGAUCUCAUUGCUCAAAGAAUUACCACAUCCCAAUAUUGUCCGAUUGAUGGAUGUACUUAUGGAAGAAACUAAAUUGUAUCUUAUUUUUGAAUACCUUACUAUGGAUCUAAAGAAAUACAUGGAUAGUUUGGGUAGUGGGAAACUAAUGGAACCAAAAGUGGUGAAAUCUUAUUUGUAUCAGAUCACACGUGCCAUAUUGUUUUGCCAUAAACGUAGAAUACUACAUCGUGAUUUAAAGCCUCAAAACUUAUUAAUCGACAAGUCAGGAGUUAUUAAAGUAGCAGAUUUUGGUCUUGGGAGAGCAUUUGGCAUACCAGUUAGAGUAUAUACACAUGAAGUAGUCACUUUAUGGUACAGAGCACCAGAGAUACUUCUUGGUGCUAGUAGAUACUCGUGUGCUAUUGAUGUAUGGAGCAUAGGAUGUAUAUUUGCUGAAAUGGCGACAAAGAAGCCGCUAUUCCAAGGAGAUAGUGAGAUUGAUCAGUUAUUCAGAAUAUUUCGGAUAUUAAGGACACCAACUGAAGAAAUAUGGCCUGGUGUGACACGGUUAUCAGACUAUAAGGCCACAUUUCCAAAUUGGAUAACAAAUAAUUUGGAAUCUCAAGUUAAUGUAUUAAAUGCCGAUGGACUCGAUCUUUUGCAAGCGAUGCUUGUCUAUGAUCCAGUGCACAGAAUAUCCGCACGUGCUGCCUUAAAUCAUCCUUAUUUUAAUGAUUUAGAUUUAUCCAAACUGCCACAGGCAUAAUACUAAGGAACUGUGAGGAAAAUAAUAGAUUUAUGUUGCUCGAAUUAUGACAUUUUAAUUGUGUGACUAUGUAGAGAAUAUAUCUCAGGGUAAUUAAAAAAGUUAAUUUAUUCGAGUGUAAGAACAUGUUUAAGUUUCUCUUUUAUGACUUUGCUUAUCAAAAUGGGGGAAAUUCAAUCAAGAAACAGUGAUUUCGUAUCGCAAUGCUAUUAUGUUACAACAGAAUUCUAAAUUAAAAUUAUUAUAAAAGAACUGUGUCAUUAUAAGCUAUCACGGUAUGCUCGAGCAAGAAGUGUACUAUAAAAGUUUGAUACUUCAGUGAUCCAUUAUUAUUACAUAAAAAACUCUUCAGGUACCAUUAUAGUACACAGCAAAUAGGGAAACUUACGUUUUCACUAUUUGUAGUAUAUUCUACAUGCUGCAUCUGUAGAAAAGGCAGCACAUUUGGUAGUAUUAGUAACUUAAUUAAAAAUAAUCUACUACUGCCAUGUGUACAUAUCACAGAAAAAUUUCGUACGUUUGUUGAAAUAUGUCUCUUGUACUUUUAUUCGCAAAUAAACAACGAUAUUUUAUUCUAA